ACCCCACCUUCGUCCUCCCCAUCCCUUCCAUUCCCACGGAAAUCUCUCCUCCCCACCUCCGCCGCCGCCAUGGCCGCCACCGCGUCGCCGCUCACGUGCCACCACCUGGGCGUCCGCCUCCGCCCCCACCUCCCCUCCUUCUCCCUCCGCCGCCGAUCCACCUCCGUCCUCUCAUCCAAACCCAUCUCCCUCUCCCAUUCCCACUCCCUCCCCACGCCCCUAACCCAGUCCCCCGCCGCCGCACCUCGCCGCCUCCUCCCGCCCAUCGCCGCGGCACCCACAUCUCCCCCCACACCAGCUUCACCAGCCCCGCAGGGCGCGGCCAUCAAGCCCCUGCUCGCCUCCAUCGCAACGGGGGCCAUCAUCUGGCUCAUCCCGGCGCCCGCCGGCGUGGCCCGCAACGCGUGGCAGCUCCUGGCCGUCUUCCUCGCCACCAUCGUCGGCAUCAUCACGCAGCCGCUGCCGCUCGGCGCCGUGGCCCUCCUCGGCCUGGGCGCGGCCGUGCUCACCCGCACGCUCACCUUCGCCGCCGCCUUCUCCGCCUUCGGGGACCCCAUCCCCUGGCUCAUCGCGCUCGCCUUCUUCUUCGCGCGCGGCUUCAUCAAGACCGGGCUCGGCAACCGCGUCGCCUACGCCUUCGUGUCCGCCUUCGGCGGCUCCACGCUCGGCCUCGGCUACUCGCUCGUCUUCGCCGAGGCCUUCCUCGCCCCCGCCAUCCCCUCCGUCUCCGCGCGCGCCGGCGGCAUCUUCCUCCCGCUCGUCAAAUCGCUCUGCGAGGCCUGCGGGUCGCGCACCGACGACGGCACCGAGCGCAAGCUCGGCUCCUGGCUCAUGCUCACCUGCUUCCAGACGUCCGUCAUCUCGUCCGCCAUGUUCCUCACGGCCAUGGCGGCCAACCCGCUCGCUGCCAACCUCACGGCCAGCACCAUCGGGCAGGGCAUCGGCUGGACGCUCUGGGCAAAGGCCGCCAUUGUCCCAGGCCUGCUCUCGCUGGUGAUCGUGCCGCUGGUCCUGUACGUGAUCUACCCACCGGAGGUCAAGUCCAGCCCGGAUGCGCCACGCUUGGCAAAGGAGAAGCUCGCAACCAUGGGACCCAUGAGCAAGGAGGAGAAGAUCAUGGGCGGCACGCUUCUGCUCACGGUUGGACUUUGGAUCUUUGGAGGAAUGCUGAGCGUAGAUGCAGUGUCUGCAGCGAUUCUUGGCCUAUCUGUCCUCCUAAUUACGGGGGUUGUCACAUGGAAAGAGUGUUUGGCGGAGUCCGUGGCAUGGGAUACCCUUACUUGGUUUGCUGCGCUGAUUGCGAUGGCUGGCUACCUCAACAAAUAUGGGUUGAUCGCUUGGUUCAGUGAGACUGUUGUUAAGUUUGUUGGAGGCCUUGGUCUGUCGUGGCAACUCUCAUUCGGCGUCUUGGUGCUGCUGUACUUCUACUCCCACUAUUUCUUUGCUAGUGGUGCUGCACACAUUGGAGCAAUGUUCACCGCUUUCCUGUCUGUUUCGAGUGCCUUGGGAACCCCUCCACUUUUUGCUGCUAUGGUUCUGUCGUUCCUUUCUAACCUCAUGGGAGGUUUGACCCAUUACGGCAUAGGGUCAGCCCCCGUCUUCUAUGGAGCUGGCUAUGUUCCCCUGGCUCAGUGGUGGGGCUAUGGAUUUGUCAUCUCCGUUGUUAACAUCAUCAUCUGGCUUGGUGCUGGCGGCUUCUGGUGGAAGAUGAUCGGUUUGUGGUGAGCAGCAUAGUCAAUGCGGAACUACCUAUUUCAACUGAGAGCGAUCGAAACUAGCAAAACAUUUGCAAGUGGCACAGGUUGAGCUGACCACAAGUUUUGUCGACAUGAUUGGAAUCCAUUCUUGUAGUUUGUAUCCGUACAUUUGUUUUCCUGGCAGUUACUUCCAAUGCUAGGUUGCAGUUUUCCUGGCAAGUUGCAUCUGAUGUUCUAUAA